ACAGUGAAUUGUGUUUAGUUCCUGGACAAGCGAGUUUUUUUCCGAUUUCUCCGAUUCCCGAAUCAUCAUAAAGAUUCGUUGCCCUAUCCAGAUGUUCCUGAGGAUGUUACCCGACUACGGUUAACCGUUUCACCUGAGGUCUCACGCCAAAGAAAAUGUUGAAGAAAAACAGAAAGCGAAAGUUGGAGGAGGAGGAACAGCAGAUGGUCGACUGGGAGCAGGAGAACAUUUUCCCGAAUAAGAUCAGAAAUGAAAUGGAAUCUAUGUGGGAGAUUCCACAUAUAUUUCAUUUUCUUCAUCUGUCGAAGGAAGCCCUGAAUAUACCUCAUUUAUCUAUGUAUGAAAUGGAACGAAUGCUACUGAUACCACGAGCUUCAAAACAGUUGGCAAACAUCAUGACGUCGUUGCUGAGCUCUCCGGUUACCAAAGCAAAGUUGAGAAAAAUACCACCAAUGCCGUAUGAGUUUUGGACGAACGUCUUAGCUUACAAAGUGAAAACGUGGUUCAAAGUCUACGAAGGAAAACGUAGAGAUGUAGUGAAAGUUCUAGAAACCAUUGGUGUUGAACCAGAGUUCUGGAACGUUUUCCCAGAUGCUCCUCUGCUUAAUGGCAAGGACUUCGAAGAGUUGAGUUUCAGACAGAAAGUCUGGCUUCUAAAAACAGUCUGUGAUACAGUGAUGCAUACUAGGAAAACUGUACAAGAAGAAGUAGCUAAACAACCUAUGGCGGACCAAUUCGAGACGGUCCUGGGAACUGAUCGUUACGGAGCAAGAUACAUUUACUUUCCACAAUUCCUGAAAACUGAUCUAAGAGUUUACAGGCAUUGCCUCGAUAAUAAAAUCCUGUCGACCGCAGAGCCCGUCAAGCCGCAAGUGAAGCCAGACCAGGUUAGUAAAGCAACGAAACAGAACAACUUGAUGAGAAAGAAAGCUAAGCAGAAACGAAGGAAAUCGCGAUGGAGCAAUGGUUUGCCUCCAAAGUCUAAGAAGAAGGUGAACAAGUGUGAUGAAAAGGAUGCAAAUAAUUGCAAAUGUGCCAGUGAUAGUGCAACCGGCUCCUUAAUAAACGAGGACACAAAUCUGAGCAGUACAAGCACCUGUAGCAAUAAUAACAAUAGCAGUAGUAAUAAUAAUAACAUUAAUCUAGACACGCUAAACGCGAAGCGAUCUAGAAGUUUAUCAAAGUGUUCGGACAUGAGCAUGGAGUCUGAUAAAUCACAUUGUAAAAGUAUAAAGUCUAGUGGUUACGAUACGAAUUGUUCAGCGGGUACAGUUUCUGACGCGAGGUCACCUCAAAAAAUGUUCAAAGGGUUCUCGAGUGGUAGUGAAGACAAAUGUAAUAUAGAAAUAAUUAGUACUAUACUAAGUGAUCUGAAAUCGAAACCGGUGGAACAGGAGGCGGACAAUGUUGAUGAAUCUUUAUCUUCUCAGAGUAAACUAGAAAUGAAUUCGACAAGACAAUAUGUAGACACUCACGAGCAGUGUAUAGAUGGAGGUGAAGCUGUGGAUAAUUCGUCGAAUGUCUCGAAAACAGAUGAUGAAAAGUUAAACGAAAUUAUCAGCGCGGAAUGUCUAAAGAAUAGUGACAAAAUACCUAGUAAAUUUCAAAUAACAAUCAUAUCGAAAUCUGACGAUGAAAAGUUAAAUGAAACUAAGACCAAUCAGAUUGUAACAGAAAGGAGCAACAGUAGUGUUGCAGUAAAAAAGAAUGGAAAAGAAAUGAUUAAAAAAAAUGGACAGUUCGUAGAUGAACAAAAAUUAAAUAAUUUAGAUAACGAAAGUAAAAAGAUGACGUUACCGGAACGAAUUAGUAAAAGUAUAGAUGACAAUAAAGCAGAAUCCGAUGAAGAUAAGGAUAUUUCUUUGAGCGAAUUGAGAAGCAGAUUACAGAAAGAAGCCAUGGACGAUAGCUUCUCCAUAGACGAAGAGAGCGAAAUUGGAUAUAAUCUGCGAAAUGUAAAGAAUGCGACUACAGAUCUGUGGAAACAAGAAGUGGAGAAUUUUAACGAGAUGCUAUCAGAACUCAGUGUUUCGAAUUUUCAACUGGUAGCUAACAGUGUAAGCUCGUUCAGGGACUUCAUAACCACUUUCUCGGAGAAGUCUCGUGGUUCAAGUGCUGAUGCUGAGGGCAAUGAUAAAGCUGUGCCCCCUUGUGAAGUGAAGCUAAUCAAAAAGAUGACAGAGUUACUUUCCUCUCUAGAGAACAUGGGAUCAGUUUUACACGACUCGAUGAAAAAGGCCAGGGGGAAACUCCACAAAGAGUGGACUAAUUUCAAAGAAGGCAGUGUGGAGGAUCAGGACUCAUCUGGGGAGGGUGUCGGCUCUAAUUGGUGGGUUCUUGGAUCGCAGGGCUGUCCACUGCCAACACCCGGAGAUGCAACGUUACAAACGUUACCGCAGCCUACCUUAUCCCCAACUGACGCCAAAAACUCCUCUGCCAAGCAGGAAAACUGCGAAGAUGAGCACAUCAAGUCCACAGAACCAAGUAAAUCCGAUCAACAAGAAUCUAAGGAAAGUGAAAGCAAAAGCACUGAUGCACAAAAACGUGAAUCUGAAAGAGACGAAGACAAUAGUCAGGAAAGUACAGCAGCUGGGGAAGAAAAAGAAAGUUCGACCGACGAAGAACAACAAAGUCGAAGAGUGUUGCGAGCACGCGGUGUCUCCUCAUACACAGAACAGUUUUAUUCAGACGACGAGAUUGAAGAGAAAGAGCUGGAAGAAUGGACCGACGUUGAGGCAGUCUACGCGGCUCCCAGCACACAGGCCAGUACAUCCACUCCUGACUUUACUCCGAAAGCCCAGCAGUUUGACGACCGGAACAGCGAGGAGGACUCAGACAAAGAUUGGAUUCUACCGAGCUCUCGCAAAAGGAAAAAUAAACGUCCGUCUGCCAAUCGAAGAUUAAAAUCAUUCCAGCACAAGCUACAAAGCAUCAAAGUAAAUGAGUUACAAGAGGCAGCAGAGUCAAUAGUAGCUACUUCGUCAAGUGCCAAGAAUGACCAGAACAAACCUAAAAUUAAAGAAGUUGUGUCUAUACCAAAGAAGCCAAACAAGCCAGAGGCUUCACAAGCUAACAAUACCAUAGAGAAUUCUGAGGCUGUGGUAGAGAAUAAUCUUACACAAACAGUGCCUUCCGCGGAGCCAGUCUGCAAACUUGAAAACAUUGAAAGCGUGCACUCGGAGUUGGAUAUCAAGGACGAGGGCCCAAUCUAUGAUUAUACGCCGAAUCAUCCCGAUAACAGUUGCACCACGAACCUGAAUCCAAAUUAUGUGAUGGUCAAGACCGAACCCAGUUCGAUGAAUUAUUAUGUGAUGCAACCAAAUGUAGUUGCGUCAAACAUGCAACCAGGUCCUAUAGUAUCGAGUAUCAUAUCACCCAUGCAACAAGGAUAUUAUAUGCAAAGCAGUCAGAAUUACAUUAUUCAGAAUCCACAACCCGGUUUUAUUCCUGCUCAGCCGUUUCAGCCCCAAGGACCUCAAAUGGUAGCGCCACAACAAUUUUUAAGUCAACCUGCUUAUGUACCAUAUACCAUGCCAGCAGCUCAACCACAGCGUGGAUACCCAACCACUGAUCCUCGAGUUACCAAUCAAGGUGUAACUCAAAAUCUGUCAAACAUAACCUCUUCUAAUUCGUCUACAUUUAAUAGGCCACCCCAACCCAGGUUCGCCCCGCCAAGACAAAUGUUUCCGCAUCCGAAUGGCGCAGUUAUCAGAAGUAGUAGUAUGCCCAUCAGAGGAAACUCUCCGAGAAUCGGCAGCCCUAGAGGGAAGAGCAUACAACAGCAACGUGGAACACCGGUCAGAGUAAAAAAAUUAAGAAAACCAAACACACCGGCAGAAAACACUGGUCAGAAAACUACUUCUUUGAUCGUACUCAGCGACAGCGACGACGAGAUUGAAAUGAUUAUUACUGAAAAAACAGGUCCCGAGGCUGAAACGGCGAGGACAAAAGCACAACCUCGGAGAAACUCGAUACCGAAUAGACAGAACCCUACCGUUACCUCAAGUACUACAGUUCCCCCGACAAAGGGUGUCAUUCCACCGCAGAUAAUGGAGCGUAUGAAUCAAGGAGGCAUCUCGAUAACGCCCGUGAAAUCUGUGCAGCCAGUUCAGAACUCAAACACGCAAUUGGUGGUGGUUGUUAACGAAACUGGAAGCCAUUAUGCCUUAGCACUGCCAAAUGGAAGCAAACUUAUUCUUACCCCUGAACAGGUGGCACAAAUAAGAGCUUCAAACGGUGGUAAACUGAUCUUGUAA